AUGUCACCAGUGGUGGAGGUGUCGUCCUGCACACAGAGCCAGCUGGUCAUCACACUGACCGGGGCUUCGGACACCGGGACAGUGUACAUCCAGGGCCGGACCGCGGCCUGUCAACAAACGACCAGCAGCGUGGGGACCGUCUCUCACACCUUCCUCUUCAGUUCGUGUGGCCUCCAAUGGGAGGAGUCGUUCAAAAUCAUUGUGCAGAAGAAUGCAUUGUACCAGACUGGUGAAGACAAACAGAUCCCUGUUAUGUGUAUAACCGAUCUCUCAGACAUAGAGGUGACGAACAACCUUAACGCUCUGGACAAAGAUGAUGACACGGGAAAAAACCUGACAGUGAAACCCACCGCCACCAUGACACUCUAUAGCAACGGAUUAGAUGUGGGCGGAGGAAACGUCAAACUGACAGAUGCUAUUACCAUGGGAUUACAGCUGGGAGCAGAUUUCGUCAGCGAUUUCGAUAUUCUGGCGUCGUCGUGCACUGCCUCAGGGAUCUCCAUCAUUACGGAUAGCUGCGCACCAGACACAGCCUUGUUCCCGAACUUUGCUAAGCCUUUACAGGGCUACCUGGCCGCCACCUUUGGGGCCUUUAGGACCACCUCUCUUGACGGAGGUUCUGUAGCUAUGACAUUUUCCUGUACCCUGAAAGUCUGUCUGGGCACCUGUUCUCCAGUACGUAGUUUGAUGUCAUGA